UCUUAGUGAUUACACCUGCAUAUAGAUUAUAAAUAAUAAAUUAAAAAUACAGCAUAUAUGAAUGUGAAACAAAAAUGCUGCUGCUGCUGCUGCUGCUGCUGCUGCGUAUAACACAAUCCUGGACGAGUGCGAGACAAAAGUAAAUGACUCAUUCUUCUAUUGUUAAACAUGACACAGUAAGACAGUGCCAUUCUUUUUAAUGAGUCAUAUAUUCCAGCUUAAAAAGAUUAAGGAAAAACAGAAGUGUUUGGCUCGUUAAACAUGAAUGCAGUUAACUUGUCUCAUACAUCAGCUGAAUUGAUAUACAUCAUUUUCCUUUUGUGAGAACAAAUUGAUAUACCUCCAAAGCUGCUGCUGCGUUUAGACGCUAGAAAUUGCUUCUUUUUUUCUUCUUUUUUGCACCACACAAAUAAAUCAAGGAGAACACACACACACACACACAGAGGUAAGCCCUCAGAUUCCAUCACGGACUGCAAACCUGUCUCCCCCCCUCCUCUCUAUCCGCCACCUAGCAACCACCACUGCUUAGCAACAGUUCGUCAUACCGACACUGACUUGCCUCCCUUUAGUAUGCAAGUCUCUGCCUCGCUGACACACACACAGACACACAGACACACACACACACACACACACACACACGUGCGCUAACCUGGUUAUUUUUAAAUGCAUUCACUUGGCAGUGAUACACAUGCCAUCUGAAUCGCAUGUAAAUUAUGCCAGGAGGCAUUUUAGAGCUCACACCUACAUUUUUAAAUAAUUUUGGUAACUUGAAUAAUUAUUGAGCUCAUGAAUCACCGCCGAAUUAAGACUCGGUGGCAGUCAUUUACCCUGAUGAAUUUUAAUUGCUUAUUUAUUGAUAUAAUUGUGUAGUCGAUAUUCCGUUGUGUAUGUUUUGUGUUUAUCGUUCAUAAAUGCAUUUUUGGCUGUGUGAGUCAGUGUAAAAACUUCAUGAGAUGUUUUUGAGAGCUCGUGCAAUAUUGCUGUUGUUGUAUCAGCCUGUCUGUGUGUGUCAUGUUUUCAGUAAAAACUGCUCAAAAAAAAAAAAAAGACAAAGAAGAAAAAGUCUGAGCCUUCACCAUAUUCACUUUGCUAAGAAUUCUGGUGGAGCUAUGACACAAGGUUUCCCGCAUAGAACAAUUUGAGGAAUCACCACAUCAUCAAAGAGGAGGAAAUGGGACGGGAAACCUGACUCUCUCUGAUUGGCUGCCAUCUGUUGACGUCACCUCCGCUGUGACGCGGUAUCACCCAUUCAUAAAAAAAGGGGAAGAGAAAAAAAAGUGAGAAACAAUCCUGAGGAGAAAUACUCAGAGAGAGAGAGGUGAUCGGACUGUGCGUCACAAUGAGCAGUGCGGUUACUCUGCGCGCGGUGUUGCGCGGAUAGAGGAGAGAAAGGCGCAGAGGAGGAAUCCAGCACAGGAACCGUGCGUCUUCUUUUCUUCCAUCAUUCGGGUUUGGAGAGCAGGUGGACACUCACAGAGACAGAAACACAAACAGAGAGCGAUGGAGGACCUGAGUGAGAUGGAGUGCACGGUGCUCAAGCGGCUCCUGAAGGACGACAGCGCCAAGUGUCUGCUGCUCGACUGCCGCUCCUUCCUCGCGUUCAGCGCCGGACACAUCCGCGCAGCAGUCAACGCCCGCUGCAACACCAUCGUGCGCCGCAGAGCGAAGGGCUCCGUGCUGAGCCUGGACCAGAUCCUGGCCGGGGACGAGGAGGCGCGCAGCCGCCUGCGCUCCGGCAUGUUCUCCGCCGUGGUUCUGUACGACGAGAGGACGCCGGACGCGGACUCGGUGAAGCCGGACAGCACGCUGACCGUGGUGCUCAACGCGCUGUGCGGGGACUGCUCCGGUACACGCAUCUAUCUACUGAAAGGCGGAUACGACCGUUUUUUCUCAGAAUACCCAGAGUUUUGUUUAAAGACCAAACAGUUGCCGACGUUCACCAGCCAGUCCAGCAUUGACUCUGCCUGCUCGUCAUGUGGGACGCCGCACCACGACCAGGGAGGCCCAGUGGAGAUCCUGCCCUUCCUCUACCUCGGCAGCGCCCUCCACGCCUCCAAGAAGGAAGUGCUGGACGCCAACGGGAUCUCGGCGCUGCUCAACGUGUCGGCCGACUGUCCCAACCACUUUGAGGGCGCGUACCAGUACAAGUGCAUCCCCGUGGAGGACAACCAUAAAGAGGACAUCAGCUGCUGGUUCCUGGAGGCCAUAGAGUUCAUAGACUCAGUCCGGGACUCCAGUGGACGAGUGUUGGUCCACUGUCAGGCCGGGAUCUCGCGCUCCGCCACCAUCUGCCUGGCGUACCUGAUGAAGAGGAAGCGCGUGCGUCUGGACGAGGCCUUCGAGUUCGUGCGCCGCCGUCGCAGCAUCAUCUCCCCCAACUUCAGCUUCAUGGGUCAGCUGCUGCAGUUCGAGUCGCAGCUCCUCGCCACCUCCUGCGCGGCGGAGGCGGCCGCCACGGCGAGCCCGCUCCUCGGGCCCAAGUCCGUGGCGGCCACCAACUCGGCGACGGCCACGCCCACCUCGCCGUUCAUUUUCAGCUUCCCCGUGUCUGUGGUGAACCCGGCGUACCUGAACCACAACCCCAUCACGACCUCGCCGGGCUGCUGAUGGUCGUCCGGUCGCAGCCCGACAAACGCCCGACAAACUUCUUUGAGCACAGACUGAAAGAAAAGUGAGUACAUGCUUCCAGGGCGUGGACGUGAGCGUCCACAUGGUGCCUGAUUCAAGAACUCAGACUGAAAAAGGAAAGUUCAGAAACUACUCAACGCUCCUUCCAUUUUGACACAAUGAUUUCUUCAAACUGACCAAAAAUGAAGUGGCUUUAGGGACUUCCAGGUCGUGGAGGACAGAGUUAAAAAAUGUUUUUAUUAUUAUUAAUUUUCACUUUAAAACUAAGCGACGUGGACUCGAAAUAAGCCAAAAUAAAGAGUCAUAGAUGUCGCAGGACAUGGACUGGCACUGUGCGUCGCUCAGGUCAUCAUUCUCAAUCCUGGACGCCGAGCUGGACCAGGUGCAGGUGACCGGGGUCAGGUCAGGGUCAGCACUGAGCCGACCUGGAGUCUGAAGCGGAGGACGCUCUUUGCUGCGGGAGAAAAACAAGAAGUGGCUAAAGAAAAAAUAAAAAGGAACUUCUUUUUCAGUCAAAAUGGAGCUCAGGCGGAGUGUUGGACUGACGUUUACUGAAGACACACCCUCUUCUUUUCUUAAAACGACAACAACAACAACAAAACGCACAGAGACACAAACACAGAGAGACACAAGCAGCAGCAAACACUUUUCUCUCUCUCUCCCCAACACACACACACACACACAUUCAUGACUUACCAACUGAAUAAGCUCAGUAUGAAGGCAGGGUCUGUUGCUAUGGAGACGGCAGGUCUUUAGGAGAGGAGAUGGACACAGGAAGGAAGGAAGGAGGAAUUUUAAGGACCCGCUCUCCCCCCCCCCUCCUGUUGCCGGACAAAAGAGAUAGAUGGAAAAAAACAGAUAGAAAGCAGGAGCCUCUUCAGUGACAGGUGCUCGGCCGACGACACCACCGGAGCUUCCUGUCUUUCCCACGUCCUCUUCCUCUCCCCCCCACCUCAUCUCCUUUUCAUCCUUUUAUAUUCCUCCUCCUCCUCUUCUCGUCUCUGCCUCUCAUCUUCUCUUCACCUCCUGGUCCUCAUCUUUUCACUGAAGAGGUUGAAUAAAUCAAACAAGAUGCCAAAUACA